UGUACAGUUAAGGUGCACAUCAGCAGUGGAUGCUGUGGUGUCUUACCAAGAAAAAUUCUCUCAACAAGAAGCACACACCCAAGAUUUCCCAAGUAAGGAUGGCCCAUAUUUUGUGCAUUUUGGCACUUUUGUGUUUUGCAUCAUGUGUUGCGGAAAAUACAGAGACUGAGCAGGGAUUUAAAGACCUCCAACUUCAGCAAGAUUCAUUGUCAUGGCUUGACAAAUUACAGGACAAACAGGAAUUGACAAAGAAACAGAAUUUAUUAGACUUGCUUUAUAAGCUCUCCAAAUCCGAAAAUGGAAUUAUCCUGCAAGGACCCGCAGACACAGAGAAACAGGAGAAGAAUCGACGUGGACUGAGUACUGGCACGACAGCUCAGACUCGCAAAGCUGGCUGCAGAGUCUUCUACUGGAAAUCCUGGACUGCAUGCUAGAUUUGUUCUCAAUGAAGUGCCAGAAUGUCAAAUCAUGAAAUGGAUCUUUCAAGUCUCUAUUUAUAGCUAAUGUAGUAUUCUGUUGACAUACUUUGCCAACUUUAAUUUAUUGCUGCUUUAAGGUCCCAUACAAUAAUUUUCAACUGCAAUUUGUCUUAAGAUAAAAAAACAAACAAGUGCUUCAUGCUGUUCAUGCUCAUGUAAAUGUUCUUUGUUGAUAGAAUAUUCAGUUAUUUCAUAAUUUUCAGAGAACAUUAUGGCAGCUUUAAUUAGCUUCUGCCUAGUGGAAUACUGUUGCAAACUAUGUAUGAAUGUAUAUGAUGACUACACACACAGCUUUGACAAUUAGCAAGACAGAAUCUGCACAGAUUUGGCAUGUUAGCAUCCUGCCACCCUUUUGUUAUCUUAAAGUAAGACUAGGUAACAUUUGAAACAACAUUUAACACAUACUUCCGCUUACAAAUAAAAAGGUGAAUUCAUAAUCAAUAAAACACAAACUCGCUCAUUUCAAUACUCUCAGGGCUUUUGCUACUACAGCUUUUAUGACCAGUAGCUUAUAGUGGUUAAUGUUAGCUAAUGUUAGCAAACUUUAGAAUAGUAUUGUAAGUGACAUUACUGAGUCAGUUUGCUGACUUUAUGACUCUACUUGUGCUACUGUUACACUAUGUUUUAGUAUUAUCCCAUAAAUAUCAUUAGUUGCCACAGCGGCCGCUGGCCAGCAAAAGUUACAUAGUGUCCCUAUGUUUUAUUUCACCAUGCUCAGUAAACAUUACACAGUUUUGUGUGGUGAAUCUCAACAUAUUGGCUGUUUCUGGGAUGCAGGAACUUUUCAGAACUGUACCAACAUUCAUGUCUGUUUAAAAGCACUUCAGCUACUUCUCAUUCUUGCAGUUAGUUGAACAAUAGUUGACCCUCUUGACCCUGCACGCCUGCAUUGAUUACAGUACACCUGACAGUCUGGAGGAGGUGUAGACAAUGAAGUGGGGCACUGAAUUUUUAAUGAUCGCUAAGUGAACAGGUAGUGGAAAAAGCUGCUGCAAAACCCUACUUAUCCUGCUUGUCAAAAAGAUAUAGUUAAAAGAGCCCUGCAGAGAGCUGAAAAACCCCCUCAACGACCAACUGUGCUCCACUGGCAUGUUGAAAUGAGUGUUGUAUUUUAUUGAUUUAAUAUAUAACAGAUGCCCAAUCAAGAUCACUCACAUUCAUUCAUUCAUUCAUAAAAUACAUCAAAGAAUUUAUUUCUAUAUGGGCCCACUUUUCUUAGUAUUAUUUUCACUCCAGUAAACAAGGCUGUUCUUCUCUUUGUUAAAUCCGGAUAGACUUUAAAUGUAAUAAAUGUCUGCAGUGUGUUUGAUGUUUCCAAGUGAUCUUCAUGGUAGA